AUGUCAGAAUCAGCAUUUUCUUUAGAGAAAUUGAGCCAUGAAAUCACAGAUAAUGCCAAGAUCGUGAGCCACUACCUGGAUUCUCAAAAUCUACCUCAGCCCUCAUUUCGCAGCGAUGGCCCAAGUACCGUCCUGCCAAAGGGUUCUCCUCAAGCCAUCCACGAAGCUCGUGAGAACCUCAUCACUGCCUCUUUAGAGAUUCUGCAGCUGGCCAUUGGACCGAGCGAGUUUCUUCCGCAUUUGGCUACUGGUUUUCAAUACAUAUCCAGUCUUCGCUGGCUAUGUCAAUAUAAUAUCUUUCGUCUUGUCCCCCUCGACGCGUCAAUUAGCUAUGCCGAUCUCGCCACAGCUGCCAAAUUGCCCGAGCAAAGACUCAAAAGCAUCAUGCGCAUGGCCAUGACCAACUUUGUAUUUUGUGAACAAGCCGACGGUAAAAGCGUCGCUCAUUCCGCGACGUCGGCCUUGCUAGCGCGCAACGAAGACAUUCACGCUUAUGCGGCUUACAUGACUUCCUAUUCAGCACCACUCGCUCUACAAAUGGCGCCCGCGCAUAAGAAAUGGGGCGCUGGGACUACACGCACGUACGAGACGGCAUUCAAUCUGUCACACAAUACGGAUUUGACGUUUUUCGAGUAUCUUUCCAGAAACCAAGAUAUGAUGAAGGAUUUUGCGCAGUAUAUGCGGAAUGUGAGGAGUAGUGAGAGUAUUGAUAUCAAGCAUUUACUAAGUGGGUAUAAAUGGGAGAGUUUACCUAUCGGGUCAUUGGUUGUUGAUAUGGGAGGAUCAACUGGCACUUCUGCAAUUGCGCUGGCCAACGCGUAUCCCUACCUUACAUUUACCGUACAAGAUCUUCCCGAGAACGCAGAAAAUGGGCGCCAAGCGGCAGAAUCCCUGCCAGCAGACAUUGCCUCGCGCAUCAAUUUCCAAGCACACGACAUCACAAUCCCUCAGCCACUACAAGGCGCGAACAUCUACCUCCUCCGCAUGAUCCUACACGACUGGCCCGACCAUGAAGCCGUGCAGAUCCUAAAACACAUUGUGCGAGCAAUGGACAGUGCCAAAUCGCGGCUUCUCAUAAUGGACACUGCGCUGCCCAAGUCCGGGUCUGUGCCCGUCUCUGUAGAGCGAAUUGUGCGUGCCCGAGACCUUACGAUGAUGCAGGCUUUCAAUAGCAAAGAGCGGGACUUGGAGGAGUGGAAGGAGUUGUUUGCUGCUGCUGCGGUGGGGGAUGUCAGAUUGCAGCUGGUCAAUGUCGUACAGCCGUUCGGUAGUGCCAUGUCGGUACUCGAGCUGGCGUUGGCUUAA